GACCUGGCCGUGGCCCUGGGUUGUGCGCGCGGCCAGUCCAGCAGCCGGGGCCGCCGUCCGCAGUGCCGCCAAGAUGAGGUGCCUGGCUGCCCUAGGGCUGCUGCUCGUCUCGCUCAGUAUCUGUGAUGGAGGGCCACAAGGUUUCAAUUUCGGGCACUUGCUGCAACAAGGUAGACCGCCGUUUCGCGGCCAUCGCCCUCACCCUCAUGGACGGCCCCAUCCAGUGUUCGGUGGCUUUGGAAGCCAGUUCUUCCAGCAGCCGAACCGGCGACAGGAGCAGCAGCAGCAGCAGCAGCAGCAGCAGCAGCAGCAGCAGCAGCAGCAGCAGCAGCAGCAGCAACAGCAGCAACAGCAACAGCAGGGCGGUAACCCGUUCGGACAGCUGCUGAACCAGUUCGGCCAGGCGCUGGGUGGAGCUGUACAGCAGCGACCCAAUGGCGGCUUCGUCAUCGACGGUCAGCAGGUCCAUCAGCAGGCGGGAGCCCUGCUGGGCAGCGUGUUCGGCCUCCGACCCGGCCAGGGCAACCAGGGCAACCAGGGCAACCAAGGAAACCAGGGCAACCAAGGCGGUGACCUGGACACCCUGGACCCCGAGGACCUGGAGGAGGGUAACAGGAACCGGCAGCUGUGCACCACUGAUGACGGCCUGCGUGGCGUCUGCAAGAAGCAGCGCCGCUGUGCCGGAGACCGUCUGGCCAUGACUCAGUUUGUGACAGAGUGCCCCGGGCGCGGGGGAGGCCGCCGUCGACGGCCAAAGAUCUGCUGCCCGCGACGCAACCAAGGGGGUCGACCUGGUGGCGGCAGACCUCACAGACCAGGUGGCAGACCGCACAGGCCUGGUGGCGGUUUCAGGCCAGGAGGUGGUGGAUUCCAACCAGGAGGUGGUGGAUUCCACCAUGGAGGUGGUGGUUUCCACCAGGGAGGUGGUGGAUUCCACCAGGGAGGUGGUGGAUUCCACCAGGGAGGUGGUGGUUUUCAUCAAGGAAGCGGUGGUGGUUUCUAUCCAGGAAACGGCGGAAGCGGAAGCAGCCCAGAUAACGGCGGAAUCAGCCCUGGAGGCGGAGGAACAACUCCGGAUAACGGAGGGAUCAGCCCAGGAGGCGGACAAACCAAUCCAGAUAAUGGAGGAUUCGUUCCUGGAGGCGAAGUGACCAAUCCGGACAACGGAGGAACCAUCAAUCCCGGAGGCGGCGAAAUCAAUCCCGGAGGCGGAGGAGGCAAUCCCGCAGGCUCGUCCACCCAACCCCCGGUCACCAAGGCGCCGGAGACGACGCCCCAGCCUACUACCAGGCCUACGACUAGGCCUACCACCAGACCUACAACUAGACCGACCACCAGGCCUACCACGAGGCCUACAACGAGGCCAACAACGAGGCCCACCACGCCAAAGCCAACGACGAGGCCGCCUCCGCCACAGCUGAAAGAGUGCGGCAUCCCGACGCCCAUCACCAUCCCACCGGCGUGGCAGCGGUCCCGCCAGCAGCGCCGGCGUCGCUCGCCCCAGUCUCCCGGCCCGUUCGUGCCGUUCAUCGUCGGAGGCAAGGACGCCGAGAUCGGCAAAUGGCCGUGGAUUGCCCUGUUCGGCACCCGUCAGGAUAACGGCAAACCGUUCUGGUUCUGUGGUGGAGCGCUGAUCGACCACCAGUAUGUGCUGACCGCCGCUCACUGUCUGCGACCACGCUCCUUCGACCAGAACAAGCUGGUGGUGCGUCUCGGUGAAUACGACACCAAUGACGAUAACGAUGGUGCCAACCCCCGGGACUUCGCGGUGGAGCGAGUCACCAACCAUCCCAACUUCAAGUUCCCGGUCCUCCACGACGACAUCUCGCUGGUAAAGCUGGCGGCCCCGGUGCCUUUCGACGACCUCAUCAAGCCCAUCUGUCUCCCGACGAACCGCAAUCGUGGCGACUACUCCGGCUCGCAGAUCGAUGUGGCCGGCUGGGGCUACACGGAAUUCGGUGGCGAGGCCAGUAACGUGCUCCAGGAAGUACGUCUGCCCGUGGUGGGUAUCCGGGACUGUCAGUCCAAGUACGAGAGCGCCCCCAGCUUCCCUCGCCAGUUCCCGGGAGGGUUCGGAGACACCAAACUGUGCGCAGCAGAGAAGGCCGGAGGAAAGGACGCCUGCCAGGGCGACUCUGGCGGCCCGAUGGUGCUCGAACAGGGAGGUCGGUACGAGCUGGCCGGAGUUGUCUCUGCCGGAGUCGGAUGUGGAACCCCCGGAUUCCCGGGAGUAUACACUCGCGUCAGUGCCUACUUGGACUGGAUUCAGCAGAACAAGUUCUAAGGCGGAGUCCCGGUCGUGGUAACUCUUGUUGAAGACGUGUUCUGUGGACGUGCUGAGGUGCUCUAAGUGCGGUUGGCGGCGUUGAAAUGUGAUGCUGAUGCUCACAGCACGUACUCUUCUAGUGUGGUGUCUGAUGAUGAUGCCCUCGGACAUAACUGGUGAGGCAAAAGAAAGUUGAAGAAGACUGUAGUUUUUUUUAGUCGUGGAUUUUAGGCAUUCACCGCAACAUGCUUUUGGCGAAAAACGGCCAAGAAAGAUGUGCAUCUCUGUUUGUUGAACUGCUGCAGCUCAUUGUUUUCAAUGAGUGGGUGUAUUUCUUAUCGUCUUGUGUAAUUAUAUAUCGCUCCAGCUAAGAAUUGCUGGCUAUUCGUGACGGGUUUUAGGACAAAAGAACAACAUUGUUGAUAACAUAAAACAACGCAUUCAUCCCAGCUCUCAAAGUGAAUGCGUUGUCGCCAUUGUAUAUUCGGCACUUGUAUUAGCAAUGUGUUUUAUCGCUUGGACAGCAUGACAAUAAGCAUUUGCCUGAGAAGGGCACCUGCACUCCCCGCUGUGUAAUGCCUCGCUCGUUACAGAGGCUCACUGUUCACAUUGGACGGAGGCCUGAACUCAGAACCGGAACCCUAUCGUGGUAUUGGUAGCAUCGAUCCAGAUACUUCGCUUUGAUUCCGCACCAUAAUAAACAUUUUUACAGUGU